AUGAACUUCAAUCAAGUACUUGAUAAUCUAAUAAUUGAGCUCCAUCUUCUAGAUCCACUGUCGUCGUUGGUGUUUAUAAAGUUAGAGAUCCUUCUCGUCCAUGGAGUCACCAAAAACAACCAAGCUAGCUUCUGCAGAGAAUUUGAGGAAAUUGGAAGCUCAUACUUCUCAAUAUCAAUGGCAGCUCUUCUUAUCCUCAUUCACUUGGCAACUCUGCUAAACUCGAGUUUAGCAGUUAGGAAACCCCUUGGAACUCAAACGAACAUCGGGACCGAGUUCAUCAGGACCUCAUGCGGUACAACGACCGACCCUGGCCUGUGUAUGACCACAUUCUCAGGCUAUGCAUCCGAAAUCCAAGCUAGCCCCAAAUUGUUGGCCCGGACUGCGCUUUCUGUCUCGCUUAAUACAACGCGUUCUGCUUCAACGGUCAUCGUAAAACUCUCCAAAAGCCACGGCCUAAAGCCUAAAGAGAUUGCAGCUAUCCGUGAUUGCGUGGAAGAGUUAAAGGACUCAGUGGAUGAGCUGAAACGAGCUUGUGAUGAAAUGGGUUCUGGUGGAGGUAAAAGCUUUGAGCUUCGAAUGAGUGAUAUACAAACAUGGGUCAGCGCUGCUUUGACUGAUGAGGACACUUGCAUGGACGGCUUCUCUGGAAAGUACAUCAACGGGAAUCUCAAAACUACCGUGAGGAGACAAAUUGUGAAACUUGCACAUCUGAUAAGUAUUGCCUUGGCUUUUGUCAGUCACUAUGCUGCCCACCCGUAAGUCUUAAUUAGUUAAGGGUCAUUUUCCUUUAAUGAAAACUUUUGUGGUCAAAAGCCAUGAUGAUGAUUAUUGGAUGAAGAAGUUGUUGACAUUUUUUCCCUUUAAUUUUUGGCUUAAAAAUGUUUAACUAUUUCGUAUAUUUUUAGAGUUCAUAUAUAUUUUUAUAUUUUUAUGUCUA